AAGUGUGUUGGGCUUUACUCAAAAAAGAAGAAGCAUCGCAAGCUGACGGAAAAAUAUUCGGAAAAGUGAAAAAAAGAGAAAAAAGUUAUAAAAAGAUUGUGAUUUAAUAAGAAAAAGGAAGUGAAAUACCAGUGAAUUUCUAAAUAUAAUAAGGAAAAAAAGUAUAGCAUAAAGCAAUUGAGCAUUGAAAAUUAUCCAAAAAAGCAGAAGCAAUUUGUAAAAACAAGAAAAAAAAGCCAAGAGAAAUCUGGAGAAAAAAGUGUUUCUUUAGCAAGUCAAAAAAAAGCACGAGAAAAAGUUUAUUUAAUGAUGACGGACGGCGGGUGUAUGACUCCACAAAGUGAACAGGAAAAGGUAUUCCAAUGGAUUAACGAACUAGCCCAUCCUGAGACCCGCGAAGCUGCUCUGCUGGAAUUGAGCAAAAAACGCGAAACCGUCACAGAUCUAGCACCGAUGCUAUGGCAUAGUUUCGGUACAAUAGCUGCCCUCCUGCAAGAAAUCAUCAAUAUCUAUCCCUCAAUAAAUCCUGCCACAUUAACUGCUCAUCAAUCGAAUCGAGUGUGCAAUGCAUUGGCCCUGCUGCAGUGUGUUGCCUCACAUCCCGACACGCGUACCGUAUUUUUGCAAGCACAAAUUCCCCUGUUCCUAUAUCCGUUUUUGCAGACCACCUCAAAGACACGGCCUUUUGAAUAUUUGCGUUUAACAAGUUUGGGUGUUAUUGGUGCGCUUGUUAAGACUGAUGAACAAGAAGUGAUAACUUUUCUUUUAACUUCGGAAAUCAUUCCCUUAUGCCUACGCAUCAUGGAAUUUGGCUCAGAGCUAAGUAAAACUGUUGCCACAUUUAUUUUACAGAAAAUUUUAUUGGAUGAAAGUGGUCUGUCGUAUGUCUGUCAGACAUAUGAACGAUUUUCACAUGUAGCUAUUAUUUUGGGUAAAAUGGUGAUACAAUUAGCUAAGGAGCCAUCAGCACGUUUGCUGAAACAUGUUGUACGUUGUUAUUUAAGAUUAUCCGACAAUCCAAGAGCACGAGAGGCUUUACGACAAUGUCUUCCAGAUCAAUUACGUGAUGCCACAUUUUCCGUUUGUCUGCAGGACGAUAAGUCAACCAAACACUGGUUGCAGUUGUUAAUCAAAAAUUUGGAAUUGGGUGCUGUGCCACCAACAGAUCCCCGUCAAAUCGGUAUGUCACCAUUGACCUCAUAAAUUUAAGUUAAAAACAACAAAAACACAGCCCCCACUACCCCAAAGUACGAAGAGUAACAACAACAGCAACAAAACAGUAACUACACCACAAUACAGACCAGACUUCUGAGAUAAACAAAUAACAGCAGAAUAAUGAUUAUGAUGAUGAUUAACACAAAAGAAUGCAGCUUUUUCUAAAAAACAAUACUAAAAAAAAAUAAAAUCCACAAAACAGUCCAAUGGCUUAAAGUCUGUCUGUUUUUUUAUAUAGAAUAUAUUUUCGUUAUUAAAAAAUACAAUUAUAUAGAAAUGAGGAUAUUUUUUACUUAAUACAAAAUACUGAAAAGAAUCAUUAAAAAAAAAAAACAAAAACAAAUAACAUUUCGUAUAAGGGAUAAACAAACAAUAUUACUUAAAAUUAGAAAACAGUACCACAAAAAAACAAAACAAAUAAAUGAAAAUCAUAUUUAUAAAUAAAAAAAAACAGAAAUGCCAUCAAAGGCAUAUAUAUUAUAUAAAUAUUAAUAAUAAUAAAAAUAAUGUAAAGUAAACGUGAUAAAUGUGAAUAUUAUUACUAAAACAAACCAACAAACAAACAACUCUCUUAUAAAACAAAAUUAUGGGAAAUUAAAUUAAAUGUAAACUAUGUAUAUGCAUUAAACAAAAAAACACCUAAGUUAAACAACAACAAAAAAUCUUAUCUUAAAUAAUUACAUUUUAAAAACUAACCAGAGGAGACUGUGACAAACAAAAUAUUAUAAUAAUAUGUUAAAAAAAUACAAAAAAAAUGCUAAACAUUUCUAAAUUAAAUUAAAA